AUGUCGUAUUCCUUGGUAAGAGCCUUUCCCUUUGGCGAUAAGACUGCAGGAAUGGAAUCGCCGGCCGUCAGCCCGAGCUCCGUGGCUUGUCUUACUGUUCUAGGGUUUGAAGCCAUAGUUGGGAUAAUUACCAACGUCUUUAUUCUAUCUGUGAUUCUCUACGGACUUUAUAAAAGACAGAACAUGAGCACCAGUGAUACAAUCCUUGUCGCUUUGUGCUUCUCCAAUGCCAGUUACGCUGCCACAACUUUGGCAACAAGAUUAUGUGAUACUUUUUGGCUCAAAAUAGACGCAGUUCAGAAAAAGAAAAACGUUCUAUUUGGUAUAGCCUUGUACAGCAUUACGUGCAGCUCCUGGCUCACCGCCUGCCUCUGCUUAUUCUACUUCUUUAAAAUCCUUAAUUUCCGCUGGGCUUUUCUCUCGUGGGUUAAGAUGAAGAUAGACGCCGUGGUGCCCUGGCUGAUACUGGUGUCAGAAGUGGUGUCCGUCUGUAGCAGCGCAUCCUGUAUGUUACCCAAUGAAUUCCGGAAAGCCUCUUCCAAUGAUCUACCGAGGAACAUCUCCACCGAUGAGACCUCCGAAAUAGGAAACAUCGGUCUAACUUCAUUGAACUUCAUCUUUAUAACUAUUUGUAUUCCCAUCCUCACUGCGGUUUUAACGACGUUCUUCACCUUUAGAUACCUGAAGCUGCACAGUUACAGGAUGAGGAUGAACAUGGGGUCACGUGGCGGGGCCAACCUGAAAGCUCAUCAAACCGCCGCAAACACAAUGAUCAGACUACUGGUUUUAUACUCAAUGCUUUAUUUGUCAACAUUUUUUUAUUGCUUUGAGACUUUUCCUCAAUUUAGUGCCGGACACUGGAUUAUUCUAAUGAUUCUGUUCUCCUUUACCCCGGUUCAAUCGGUUCUCCUGAUUCUUGGUAACCCCAAAGUGAAGGACGCUUUGAAAAAGACUCUCUGUUCUUUAAGAUGCUCAGAAGAUUAA